GAAAUGUAGAGGAUACAAAUAUUGUUGCUGAACAUAUUUACAUAUUUACGAUCCUUAAAGCAGGAUUGAGAUCUGAACCAUGUUGAAGUGGUUUGGCUCGGAUGAAGCCGGCUCCCCUGGGGCCGGUGAGGGUGAACUUAACCCGUCUCUGUCAGAGGUGACGGAGCGUUUGGCUCAGAUGGAGCAGCUGGUGUCUCAGUUGAAGGAGAUGAUCAGAGAGAAAGAUGGAGCUCUGCACACUAAAGACGAACAAUUUAAGGCUGAGAAGGAGGCGUGUGAGGCGAAGCUGUCGAAGAUGCGUCUCCAGAACAAAGCUAAAGUGACGUCUCUAAACUCUCAGCUGGAGGAGCUGAGGAAACAGCUGGGGGAGCCAGGGAGCAAAACAGCAACACCUCAAAUGAAACGGACUGGAAGUGUAGAAUCUGGAGAGUCGGAGCAUGCUGGAGCCAGUAGAGGGAAAAUCCUGCUGCUUAAAAAGAAAGUGGAAGAUCUGGAGCAUCAACUUUCACAAAGAAAUCAGGAACUGCAGCAGAAAACGCAGGAUCUGGAAGUCCAGAGAGAGCGUGGUGCCGAGAUGGAUGCCAUGUUGGUGGAAAAGGACAAACGCCUGGCUGAGAAAGAGGAUUACAUCAUUCAUCUACAGAUGGGUUUAGGAGGAGAGAAAAACAUUAAACCAGCAGAGCAAAGCACACAGGAGAACAAGGCAAGAAAUGUGUGGCGGCGCCCUGUUCAAGGUUCAGUGCAGGAGCUGCAGAUCUUGAUAAAGAACCUGAUGAAGAAGGUUGGAGAUGGAGAAGAGCAGUACAGCCUGCUGAAGGAGCAGAACGAGAGCUUUAAAGAGCUGCUGGUGACCGAGAGAGCUCAGUUUGAGGACAAGGAGAACAUGUACAAACAAAAUAUCCAGACGUUCAAAGACAUAAUCCUGCAAAAAGAUAAUAAAUUAAUGGAGAUGAAUCAGCUGCACGAGCAGGAGCUCUUCAAACUGGCUGCAAAGUCAGAUGCAAGUUCUGAUCUUGAACAGCUCCUCAAGGCUCUUAAACAGAAGUUACAUGAGAAGGAAGAGGUUCUUCUGGGUAAAACUCAGGUGAUUGAUGUUCUUCAGGGAGAGGUGGAUGGAAGAGAUCAGCAAAUUAAGGAGCUGAAUGAUCGUUUGAAGCGCCUCCAGAGCGAGAAGGAGAACCUUCAGUCCAAGAUGGACGCUGAGAAACACAUCAUGCGCACUCAGGUUCGAGAUCUGAUGGAGAAACACCAGGGCGAGUUGAAGAAGGUGACAGAGAAGUAUGAGCAGGAGCUGUCUGAGAAGGAGAUGAUGGUGUCUUCAGCUCCUCCCACCGUACCUGUUAAAUCACCUGCUGAUGCAUCAGUGAACCAGAGAUUGUCGGAACUGGAAGCCAAAGCUAAGCUAAAAGCAGGGGAGGCCAGUAAAUCAGAAGCAAAGUUCUUAAAGAUGAAAGCCUGGUCCAAGUCUCGGAUCAGACAACUUGAAGAUGAACUGAAGAAAGCACAGAGUGGGAGUGGGACCCCGGAUGUCGGCGCCCUCCGUGCUCGAGUUAAUGAACUGGAAGAGGAAAGAGAAGAGCUGCUGUGUAAACUGGAACAGUACGAGGAACUCAAGGCUAAAAAUGCUGUUCUGGAGGCCAAGCUGGUGCUUUAUGAGGAACAGCAGAGAAAAAUGCAGGCAGAUCUGGAACAGGUCACCAAGAGAGCCGCAUCCCAGGCGAGUGAAUCAGGAAGUGUGGAUGAUGCUCAGAGUCAAGUGAUGGAAUGGCAGGAUAUGAUGUCCAUGGUGGCUGAGGCGGAAGCGGCUCGAGAUCAGAUCAGAGAGGAGAAGAGCGCUCUGGAGAUCCGGAUGAGCCACAUCGAGGAGGAGAGAGAGGAAGAUGACUGGUUCUUUCCUGGCUGCUCCGAUCCAGCACUGGCCAAUCGGCAGCGGGAGUUGGAGGAGGAGCUGGCACAGGCUCGAGGGCUUCGCCCACAAAAGGGCAAGAAGAUGGGUAGUGCCGUCAGCCGAAACCUGCAGGAGGAUUUUGAGUUGGACGGUGCUCAGUCCUUUGCAGAUUCCCACAAUCCCUCAGGCAGCGUGACUCCGAUGGAGGGGGAGAACAUGGGAGGUUGGUGGCCUGAAUUCACUGCUUCAAACACAGAGGGUCUGAGGUCUGUAGUGGAAGAACUGGAGCUGGAGAGGAACCAGCUGCAGGAGCAGAUCCUCGGAUUGGAGGAGCACUGUCAGGAUCUAGAGGAUCGACUGCAGUUACAGGCUCGCAUCGAAUCACUGCAGAAUGAAUCAGAGAAACUGCAGCUUCAGCUCAACACCCUGCGCACCCAACAGAGCAGAGAUGCUGAGAAACACCAACUCCUCGUCACCAGUCUGAACGAACAACUUCAAGGGCUCAGCAGCACACGCGAGUGUCUGGAAUCGUCUCUAAUAGAGAAGGAGCACUCGCUCGCCCAAACCUCUGAGAAGCUGGAGCUGAUUGACAGUUUAAAAGAGGCUGUGAGAGAGAAAGAGGAGCAACAUCAGGACCUUUCUGAGAAGCUGGUGCAGACGGAGCAGAACCUGAGUGAAGUGACGAAGAAGUGCUCAGGGUUCGAGAAGCAGUGCUCGGAGCUGAAAGCGACGGUGACGGAUCUGAUGCAGAAACUCGCUGCGCUGAAGGAGAAGUCACAAAAACAAGAAGCUACAAUCGAAUCAUUGCAGAGGGACUUGGAUCAAACCAACGAUGAGCUGGACAAGCUAAACGCUGCACAUUUAGAAGAACGAGCACAGCUUAUUCACGAUCUCCAGAGCUGCGAACGAGAAAUCGACACCCUCAAAGAUGUUAUCUUGGAUAAAGACAAAGAGAUUUUUGCCCUGUCUGGAAACAUGGCAGAAUACACAGAACAAAUAAACGAGCUUAAACAGCAGAUGAAGGAUAAAGAGGAGGCUCUGGUUCGCAUGGAGAGUGCACUGGUUAAAGCAGACAAGGAAGCUCAGAUCAUCCGAGAAUUUCAGUCUUCUGAUCAGCAUUCGCUUAAUACCAAGAUAACCGAGCUGAUGGAGCAGGUCCAGAUCAGGGAAAAUGAGCUGAAGGAGGCGAAAAAUGAAAAAAAAUCCAAGGUGAAGGAGUUAAAGGAACUAGAGAAACAACUCGAUGAGGACAAGUCGACCAUACAAGAUCUGACUACGGAAAUACAGAAGCUGAAAACAAGUCAGCGAGCUCACCUCUCCGAGUGUGAAACCCAGAUUUCAUCACUGAAGGAUCAAAUGCUCGCCGCUAAUCAAAAACUGAAGGAGUCGGAGGACGUUCUUGAACAGCUUAAGGAGACCAGAAGUUCUAAUGACAAGCUUAAGGAGCAGAUCCAUGACCAUGAGCAGUUUCACGAGAAGGAGAUGAAGACGCUCAAGGAAGAACGUAACAAGCUGCUUGCGGAAGUUACAAAAUAUAGCAGCGAGUUGCAGUCUCUGUCCAGUCAACUUCAGGCUCAGGUUGAGUGUCAUGAACAGGUCAAGCGAGAAGUGAAUGACAAACUGGAGGCUAUGACCUUGCUUGAGGAACAGCUUAAGAAUGCAGAUGAAGAGAAGCAAAGACUGGAGAAAGAGCUUGAUGGCAAAACGAAGACCACAUCGAUUCUGGAAGAGGAUUUGAAAUCGCUGCAGAGUGAAAAUUCAAGCCUUAAAAAAUCUCUCGAGGAAAAACUGGACAUGUCGCAGUCCCACGUGAAGAAGCUCACUGAGGAGAAUGAUAACCUUAAACUAAAGGUUGAGGCCAAAGAUCAGUCUCUAGCACAGAUGUCUGAAGAAAAAGAUCAGUUGCUUUGUAAAGUUUCAGAACUUGAAUCACAAAAUUCUGACAAACAGAAAAUGAUAGAGGAGCUCCGUAAAGAGAAGGAGGAGCUCAACGUUAGAUCUGUAGAACUUGAGCAGACCAGGCUCUCUAUUGCUGAAACGCUCUCAGUAAAGACAGAUGAAUGUAAUAGUCUCAAACAGUCUCUGGAAGACCGUGAGAAGAUGUUUUCUAAUUUCCAAAGCCAGUUUGAGGUGUUGAAGUCUCAGGUUGACCAAAUAAACUGUACAAUAUCUGAGAAAGACAAACAACUAGCUGAAAGAAAUGCUCGGAUAGAUGCCCAGCAGAGUCAAAUCGAGCAAUUUAAACAGACUUUAAAUUCAGAGCUAUCUGAGAAGGACAACCAAGCUUCUCAGUUCACGUCUUUACAGGGUGAUCUUAUGAAACUGCGAGAUCUUUCCUCCAGUCUUCAAAUAGAGUCUGAUUCUCUUAAAGAAGAAUGUUCUCGGCUUAAUCAGAGCCUUCAAGAACGAGAAACGGCCCUCAGUGACAAAACCGACGAGUGUCAAACCUGUAAAAAGGAACUCGUUGAUAGAAAGGAGUCCUUCGCAUCCCUUAGCAGCCAGUUAGAAUCUGUUAAUGAGCUUAAUGUGAAGCUGGAGGCAGAAAAAGCUGAAGUUAAAAAGACCCUAGAAGACCUGCUCUCUAGUAACGCUAAGCUUACAGAGGACAUGACUCAAAGGCAGGCUGAACUAGUUGGACUACAUAACCACAUUCAGGCCCUGAGUGGUCAAAACCAACAGCUACGAGCUUUAUAUGACAAUAAAGAAAAAGAAUUAGCAGAUGCAAGGCUGGUUGCAUCCGAAAUGGAUAAAAAUUUAUCUACGACCCUUGAGGACAAGGCCAAUCUCACGUCUCGAGUUUCUACCCUUAUUGAAAGAAAUGGUCAUCUUCAAAAUGAAGUAACAAAUCUAAGGGAGGAAAAUAGGUCACUCGGCGAUAAAAUAUCAGGACUUGAAAUGCAGCACAGUGAAAAUCGUAAAAUUAUUGAAGGCUUGCUGAAAGAGAAGGUAGAUCUUGGCAAGGUCAUCAAGCAGAACCAGGAGCAUUCACUUGAGAAGGCCAAUGAAUGUGAAGGUCUAUCAAAACAACUUCAGCAAGCUGAAGAGGCCGUAAAGGUUCUAAAAGAACGAGCUGAUAUGUCAAAUUCUCAGUUUACUGACAAUGUUUCUAAGAAAGACCAGAUUAUUACACAACAAAGCCAAGAGAUCAAGAGUUACCAAGACCAGGUUGCUCAGCUUCAAGAAACACUUUCGUUACUCCAGGAACAGAGUACGGCUCUUAAAUCAGGGCUUAUGGAGAAGGAUGCACUUUUACAACAGCAAUCCAAUGAACGUACUUUCCUACAAGAUUAUCUUAACCACCAGAAAGAGCUUUCCAAAAACUUCCGAACUGAGAACGAGACCCUGAAGAACGAGUCUUCACAACUUCUCCAAGUUUUGACAGAGAAAGAAAAGGAAUGCCAAAACCACACAGAUGAACUCAGCAAGAGAAACGAGUCUCUGGUUUCACUAAGCAGUCAGCUGGGAGACAUGAACGAAAACGUUGUAAAGCUUCAGUCAGAUAAUGAGCAGUUAAAAAGUUCCUUGCAGAGCCACUUGGCGGAAAGUGCCUUGCUCAGAGAGGAGAUCUCCCAGAAACAGGUUGAGCUUGUGAACCUUCAAGACAACAUCCAGGUGCUCAGAGAGGCAAACAGAAAAAUUAAAGCAGAGCUUCAGAACUCUGUUGCUAAAACUCAAGAACAAGUUACUGCUCUUGAGAAUCAGUUGACCAUCAAAGAGGCCGAUUUGGCAUCAGUGUCGCAGCAUCUAGCAGCUGAGUGCUCCAAGGUAGAAAGCUUUCAGCUGGAGUUGCAGCAAAAGGAAGAAUCCUUUAGGCAACAGGAGACUUUUCUGAGUCAGUUGCAGAACAGGUUCGAAUCUGGAGAAGAUCAGAUCAGCCAGAAGCUGGAAACCAUUGCUGAACUUCAGCGCGAUGCACAGAACUUGCAAAGAGCUUUGCAAGAGAAAGACGUCGUGUUGCUGAAUAAAGACCAGGAAAUCAGCCGACUUAGUGACAGAAUUGCUCAAGAUUCAGCGGCAUCCAAAGCUCGAAUGGACUCAGACAUGGAUGUCAUCUCUAAAUUACAAGUGGAACUGCAGGUUCUUCUCGAAAAGAAUGACAGUCUCAUCAGUUUUCUUGUAGAGAAAGAUGCCCUAAUGCAGGACGAAGUUAAGAAGAAUCUGAGCAUCAAGGCUGAUCUGGAAGAUGCCGUUUUAAAACUUAAUUCUGAAGUCCAGAAACUGUCCUCUGAGACAGAACAACUCAGGAAAAUUUUAGCUGAGAAGGAACAGCUCAUCUCUGAUGCUAAAACAAAACAUUCAGCAGAGAUCAGUAGCUUAAACAAAACUCUACAGGCCAAAGAUUUAGAGCUGGAGGCACUCAAGGAUUCAGCUGAGAUAUUGAACAGGAACUUUACUGACCAAACAGCAGAGAUAAAGAGACUAAACGAAGAAACCAGUUCUACUGUGGCCGACCAAAACAAAGCUCUACAAGAACUUCAGAUGAAGGCUGAGGAAGCUAACUUGUUUAAGAAUCAGUUUAUGGAAAGUACAGAACUUGUAUCCCAGCUUCAAAGUCAAAUUGAGGUGCUCAUGGAGGAGUCUUCAAGGCUCUCUACAGCAAUAGAAGAAAAGCAAAGUGCCUUAACUAACCUUCAGGAUAAAUUCGCUUCCCAAGUGGAGGAACUUCAUGAAGCUAAGACCCUGCUCUCCCAGAAAACUGAAGAAAUCCUAAACCUCAACCAGAUUAUCAGUGAGCGAGAUGCACAAAUUGACACCCUCACGCAGGGCUCUUCAAUGCUGCACAAUGAGAUCCAGGAGCUGAAGAUGUUCAGCACAGAUAUCUCCAAGCAAAAGGAUGACGCAUUCUCAGCCCAGCAAAUGAGCACCAACUCACUGACACUUGAAAUCGAGAGGUUAAAAGCCCAACAUCUUCAGGUUGCAGUCCAGGUGAACUCCCUAACUGAGAACCUUGAGCAGAGGGAAUUAGCUCUUCAUGCUAUUGACAGUCGAUACGCUUCUCAGGUUAAACAUACAGAGCAUGUCACGUCUGAGAUGGAAAAAUUAAACGAGCUGUGCAGGAAGUUUCAAGAAGAGAACAGUGUGACCAAGCAGGAGCUAGAUAAAGCUAACAGUGAGAUGAAAUUAAAAGAAGAAGAGGUCAAAAUGUUGGUCCUGAAAAAUGAAGAGCUCAGUAGGAGUUACUAUGAUGUUCAGAGGACUCAAGAACACCUACAGCUUCAAGGUCAGCGCCAGUGUGGUAGCAUGGAGAAAAUGAAGGCAGAGAUGGAGCAGCUCCAGGUCCAGCAGAAAGAGGUUCUGAAUCUGAGAUCUCACAACGCAGAGCUGGUAGAAUUGAAGCAGAAGUAUGACGACCAGCAGAGGCUUCUACAGCAAGCACAGACUUACAAACAACAGAGUGAAAAAGAGGUUGUUGGAUACCAGACAGAACUGGCGGAGCUCAGGUCUGAAAAGGGCCGACUGCAGUCUGAAUGUCAAGCUCUCAGGGAGGCGUACAAGCAGUCAGUGAGUGUUGGAGAUAAAGGUGUAUCUUCAGAGCAUGUAGUCCAGUUACAGACUCAUCUGCAGCGCUGCCUAGUGGAGAUUCAGCAGCGAGACGUCACCUUCCAACAGCUCAACAUCAAGUUACAGCAGGCUGUGGAGGAGAAAGCAGCAGUUUCGGCUCAGUUGAGAGCUGUAUCCCAGACACUUAGAGAAACCCAGCUUACUCUGAAUGAGCUACAGAACCAAACCCAGCACUCACCUGCACAGGUACAGGGUUCAGUGUUUGUUGAAGUGGCUCCCGGAGCUCCUCAGGAAAUCAGCAGCACUGUGAUCGAUCUGGAUAGACUGGACAUCAGGGAACUCAGGAGCAGGUUGGCAGAAGCAGAGCUGCAGCUUGACUCCGCCCAGCGGAAUACGUCUCUUCUUAAUGAUAGGCUGGAGGAUGAGAGAGGGCGGAGACAGGCUGCCGAAGAAGCGCUGGGAUUGGUUGAGCAGAGAAUUAACAGCAUGGAAUCCAGUCCAUCCAGAUCAGCUCCACGUGAUUUUAGCAUUCAGUUAGAGACUGAGGACGAGUGGGAGUCCCUAAUUGUGGAUCCUAAUCAACCGCUGCUCAUGCGUACUGCGAGGAGCGGGGUUCACUCGUGUCGCCGAUGGCUGAGAGGUCGCAGCCUGUUCUGCGCCAAGAUGUUAACCUCCAGAGCUAAAUCCAGAUACUUCUUCAUGACCUACCUGUUGGCGCUGCACGUCCUCGUCCUCCUGUGCUUCACCGGAGCUUUAUAAAGCCUCAGUGCUGAGGUUAAAGGUUAUGAACAGGUUAUGAACACAGAUUAGGAACACUCGUUCACACCUCAUGAAGCUGGAACUGAUCCGUCUGAGUGAUGUACAUUUACGAAACACUAACAGAAUUUUAUCCAGCUGUAUUUAUUAGAACCUUCAUCACUGACUGUUCUGAGUAAUGCACUCACACUCGCACCACCUACACCAAAAAUCAUCUAAUGCUGAUCCAGGUGUUGCGCUGAAGGACGGCGUGGACACACCAGGCAUGUGCACUACAUCGCUAAAGCUCUACUACGCUCUGAAAGUGAUAUUUUCAAACUUGUAUUCUACCUAAAUCUUACAUUACAUGGCCAAAAGUUUGUAGACACCCUGUCAAACUACCCGAUUUAAGUAUUCCAGCAGCACUCAAUGCUUAAAGUCAAGCGUACGGUCAUGCAGUCUUCAUAAACUAACACUGGUAGGCGAAUGGGUCGAUCUGAGGAGCUUUGAAACCCUUAGCAUGGUACUGUAGGACAGGAUAGGAUGCCAGCUGUUAGCUUGGCUUCUGGAACAGUGGAACUCUAGACGACAGCCAGUCUAGACUUGGUGGAUGCCAGGAGAUCUGCCAGGGAAUCUGCAUGGCUGAACGAUGCCACUCAUAAUGAGCUAAUUAGAGAUGGGCUGAUGUUUCUUUGAGCUUCACCUUCAGAAGCCAGAUAUUCCCAAUUAAUCCCAGCCACCAGAUGUUUCAUGUUGUUCGAGAUAACAUCUGGUUUUGUAAUAGCAGCUAAUUUGGCUUAAACUGGUCCAGUUGACUGGAAAUUCUCCUGAACAGUAAAGGCUGGUAGAGCAGAUAAGAAGCAACAACUCCACACCCAUGCCCUCAGUCCAGGAUGAGAUGUUUGGGUGUCCACAAACUUUUUGGCUGUAUAUUUGUUCAGAACAGGGCGGCGUUAUCCUUACAGCCCAGAAUGCUGCUUCGCUAGUCACUCUUCUCUGGACUGGAACCCAGCUGGAGUGACCUUGAUAUGCUGGUGCAUGUUUUUGGUUGUGUUAGUUGGCACAUGUCAUGCCUACUGUGCCAGCGUGUGAGAAUUUGAGUUGCUCAUCUCUGUUCUGUUCACGUUUCUGCCUCGUCUCCAUUAAUGCACUCUGCACCUUUAACGCCCCGCUCUGAUGUGAGAGUGUGGUGGCUUGUGCCUGCUGGGACGUGAUGUAUAACUGUGUGUGUGUGGUGUUAUGUAUGGUGUUAGCAUGGUACGAGAGGUAUUAUUAGCAUUAUGAUGCAUAUUAAUCGAGUGUCCUGCUCGUAGGCACCGGAUUUACCUCGUUUAUUAACUCUCUCUGAAGAGACGACCUGUGCUGUCUAAAUAUUUAUGCUUUCAGAAAAUGAAUGUUGGAAUAAUUCGGAGCUCUAACACAUCCUAUAAGAUUCAUAGAUUUAUUUGUACAGGUUACGCAAUGCCAGAAGGCGUCUUCACUGGUGGAGUUUCUACAACAAACGGCUGAUUUGACAUUGUGUCAGUCACCUCUAUAAAAAAAAAAAACGUUAGGAUUUGCUGUCAGGUCUGAUCCUCCAGAGGGGUAGGAUUAGGAUUAGGAUUAUGGAUGAGAUCAGGAUGAGAUCAGGGUUUGGGUUCAAAUUAAUGUUAGACUCCUGUGUUUAGGGUUAUAUACAGGGUUAGACUUGGGGCUACAGUUAGGUAUAGGUAUUAAGGGGUUGGGGUUAGUGUCUAUGUCGGAUUAGGGUUAAUGUCUGAGUUAAUGUUGGGAUUAGUGUUGGUUACGGUUGCUGUAGGGAUUACGGUUGUGCUUGGUGUUACUGUUGGGUAAGUGUAGCGGUGUCAGUUAGUGUUUGUGUUGGGGCUAGUGUUGGGAUUAGUGCUGGGAUUGAAGUUAGAAUUUGGGUUAGUGUUGGGAAUAGUGCUGGGGCUAGUGUCAGGAUUAGUGCUGGGGUUAUUUUUGGGAUCAGUGCUGGGCUUAGUGCUGGGUUUAGUGUUAGGAUUAGUGCUGGGUUUAGUGUUAGGAUUAGUGCUGGGAUUGAAGGUAGAAUUGGGGUUAUCGUUGGGAUUAGUGCUGGGGCUAGUGUUGGGAUUAGUCCUGGGAUUAGUGCUGGGAUUGAAGUUAGAAUUGGGGUUAGUGUUGGGAUUAGUGCUGAAUCAGAAGCUUUUCUGAUUCAUAAAAUAAUGAAAGUGUUUAGCAGAAACCCUGAACUCCUGCACUGAACCAGCUAAGUACUGCAGACCUGCACACCCACUAGUUCAGUUCUUAUGUUUAUUAUCACACCUAUAAGUGACGCCGGGACGGGCAGAGGAACGAGAAUUAAAUCAGUUCAAUUCAUAAUGACCAAGAAGUCCAAAUUAUAGCAACAUCUGCAUGAUAUAAUAAAAUACAAACUCUAUUUUCAGAAAUGUUGGGACAUUUUGUAACACACAUUAAAAAGAAGAAUCUGUAAUUUGUUAAUUCUCUUAAAUCUUUAUUUAACUGAUAAAAGUAGAAAGAAAAGAUUUCCAAUGUUCCAGAAAAGUUGGACAGAGGCGUGUGUACCUCUGUGUUCCAGUUCCUUUACUAUUAAUAAGACUUUUUAAUGGUUUGGUAACUGACGACACUAAUUGUUGCACUUUGCAAGUGGAUUGCUUGUCUAUUUGUGCUUAAAAAAGAUUUUAGCUGCUCAAAAGUCUGUGGUCGCCGUUGUCUGAGUCUUUUUGCUUAAGGCCCAGAAAACUGAGAAGUUGCUGCAUAGAUUUAAUGUAAGACUUUCUCUUUGUGGAACAGAGUUUCAGUAAAAAUAAUGCAAAUCUUUUCUUUCUACUUUUGUUGGUUAAAUACAAAUUUAAGAGAUUUUUUUUAUUAUUAUUGUGUUUUACAAAACGUCCCAAUUUUUUUGGUAAUGGGUUUUUGGUUUUGCUCAGAAAUGUGCUGCUGAUGACGACGGUUGAUGCUGAUGAUGCUGAUGUAUAGUUGUGAACUAUAAUAGAGAAUAAUGAGGUUAUUAUUAAUAUUGGUGUGUUCAUCAACUGAAGUGUGUUAGAGCAGAUAAACACUAAACCUCAGAUCACGAGUGUGUGUGUGUGUGUGUGUGUGUGUGUGUGUGUGUGUGUGUGUGUGUGUGUGUGUGUGUGUGUGUGUGUGUGUGUGUGUGUGUGUGUGAGACAGAAGAUGUAAGUUACUGUGGAUUUCUUGCUGUAUUUCCUGCUGCUUGUUUACAGUUGAAGUGUAAAUGCGGUUCUAUAUAAGAUAAAAGUGUAAAUAUGGACAGAAUCACAACAUAUUCAUCUCUAUUUAAAUCAAAACUACUGAGUGCAUCAGAUUUUCUAUGUAAGUUCUAUUUUUGAGGAGAAUGAUCAGACUCGUGGUGAGAGAAACAGGACCUGAGUUGAUUGGAUGAGCUGGAUCACGUGUGCAAUAGAAUGUUUUGUAAAAUUCUGAUUGAAUUUUAAAUAAAGUUAUUUAAAAUCA